CCCGUUCAAAGCUAUCGGAAUAAUCAGUGGAAUAUACUAAACGCGUAGAACUACGAAAUUAUUGGCGGAGUGAACCAGAAUAUUCAAGUUACCACAUUCAAAUGUAUCUAUACCCUUUGAUUCGCUUUUUUUUAGACGAUCGGAUGAUCUGAAGAACCAUGCAAGUCUUGAAGGAUAAGCUUCACCGUAAGUAAAGCCUGCGAUAUUUUUUUACUGAAAUCACUGUUGAGCACUAAAGUGAAUUAAUUAUUUGCGAUCAGUGCUAGCGUUGUUUACAUUUUAACAGGUCAAGAGCUCCAGUUUGUUUCUGCUAAUAGAUUCUCCGUCGAAUCCGUUUGAAAUUCAUAAACGAGGGCAACCAAUUAACGUGAAGUAGUAGAUAUCCUUGUAGUUUCGAGACAAUAGACGUUCAAAAUUGUACGGCACGUUUCGCUUGUAAGGUCAACGUGCUGCGAGUCGCACCAUAAUGAAGAAUUUUAAUCAGGUUUCAUAAUCGGUACACAUGGUGAAAGUAUCAAAGCAUUGGCAAACAAAGGAUCACAGAAACACUCCUUUUCAUUCCGCAAGCUUUGAAUUUGCCCACAAUCGACAUGUUCAUGAUAGAUAUAAACAUUUAAGCUUGUGAACAAUGGCCUGAAAGUUCAACUUCGAAGAUUCAAAUGACGAAAAAGGAAAUAAAUCAUUGAAUUAUUCUUCACUGAAUUCGAGAUUUUUUAAUGUCAUCAACCCAGAACGACGAUAUCGGAUUGUGAUUUUAAAGCCCAUGGCCUCGUACAGCGUGGUACAUUUCACACUUAUUCCCCAAUUCUACUUACAGACGGCGACUACGUGUUCACAAACCUGCUUUUGUACGUUAUACUAAUGAACUAAGAACCAAAUAAUUUUGGCGUCAAGAUUCAAAGCUAAUUAUGUAAGCUGCUAAACUGAGCGCACUGAUCAAAAAAAAAACUUGAACAUUGCAUGUCUUGUUUGCUGCUCCGAAAUUCGAAGUUAUAAUGUAAACAAAGUUGACAGCAUAGCAGUCGAGGAAAACCAGAUGAAAGGAAGGUUUUAGAAUAUAAGAUCUUAAUUCAGUCAAACUUUCGUAAACAGUAUAACAAACAGGAGGCGAUCAGUUUAGCUAUAAUCUGCCUACAGAUCUGCGCGAGAUUUGUCACGGUAUUUUAAAACACGAACAAGAGAGUUCUCAGGGAGAUCCUAUUGUGUUCCGUGUCAUUCGAUGCCGCCAAAGAAUAACACUCGGUAAAUUCUAUUGUCUACAGUGAACACGAGCCGUGGUUUAUUAUUUAUGUUGUAUUGUAUGUGAUAAAAAAAUUAUGCAAAAUCAAUCAUUUUAGCAUCAUUUGAACUCUGAAUUAAAUCGAACUCUUUCCCUUUUCGCUUUUCGCAAUCGAAAGAAAUAUUCAUAAAUAAAGUGGGAAGUCACGAAACUCGUGGUAACUGCCGAAGGACCGCCGAAAGACUGCCGAAGGACGUCGUUAUUCACAUUUGCUUGCAUUUCGCAUUGCUUUUUCAACGCCUCUGGUGAACCAACUUGACAAAACAACAACUGAUAACCGUGACAAAAUCCUCCGUAACGGUCUGUUCUAGAUAUUCAAGAUCGAAAUAAGUAUUAAAUUACAGUACAAAUUUCACGAGUUUUAUUUCACCUUUUAACAGCUUUUAAGGCUCAAUUGAGAUUUCAUUGGAGAAAAAAUCUCUCCAUUUGAUUUUUCAUUCGAAUCCGCUCUUUCGAGGUCCACAAUACAAUUACUACGACAAGAUGUGAUGUUAUUAUAACUUUGUGGUUCAGUUUUAAUGUUUGUUUUUUUUUUUAAUGAAUUUGCGUGGAGGAUCUCCGGCAAAGUAUUACCAGUUUUUGAGGGCAAACAUCUUGCGCAAUCCCCUAGGUUGUUAUCUGCUAAACAUAGCUUACAGAACUCAUUCAAAGGUCGCCAACAAUUUGCUAAUGAGGCUUAAAAUUAAAUUUUUGCCCCGUGGUAUUUUAGCUUCAGAAUAUCUGAAUUCCCUGAAAUACUCUAAGUAGUGUCAAAUUGAAACAAUUACGACCCCAUGAUUACGCUCCUUCUAUUUGAUUUGUAACAAUUACAAUUUUAUUAUCCUGUAGAUAUAGGCCAUCAUCAUAGCCCAAAGUUAAGUCACGGCGACAAGCGAAAUGGGUCCAAACAAAAGAACAAGGAGGAAAAACGUAAAGGUGAUAAAGGUGUGUCGAUAUCUUUGUUAGUGAACUCAUCGGAGGAACAGUGCUACAACCUCUCUCCGUUUUAUCGGUUGAGGCUCUUUUUUAAUUGCAUACCCCCUUUGUUUUACUCUAUGAUUUUCAUUUUGUUACAAAAAGUGAAGAUGGAAUCUUUCCUGAAUCGAAACCUCUCCUAACUAGAAGGAAAUUUAAAGCUUGGCGCUAAGAUUUAAUUUUCCAUAUUUGGAAAGCAUACCCAAAUCUGGUAAUUUCGUUUUCUCUUUAUUUUGACGUCAUGCCUUUACGUUGAGCGGCAUCCAUGUUGGAUUUCCUUCGCUGACAUCUAUGUGAGGUUGCAAUCUUAGGCCAUCCUGGCCUUUCAUCUGUAUUUGGUCUUUCUUUAGUGAUAAAUUCAGUUUUAAGACAUCUAUGUGUCGCUGUAUAGGUGUAUAUUGCCGUUAAUGCGAUGGCAAGUGAGUAUUUGCCGAUGUCAAAUACAAAUCUCACAUUGAUAUCGAAGAACUUGUCAUUGUGAAGAUGCUCAUUAUGAUAUUUUGUGUCUGCAGAGGAUGGAGGAGAAGUACAGUGGUGCUUUUCACAGGUGAAAGGGACAUUAGACGAGGAUCUUACCGAAGGUAAAAGUGGCUCUAGCUUCGAACUGUUACUCGGUUAGGGAUCAAGUCUGGUCUCUAUGAAAGCUUAGACUAGUACUUUACGCAAGGUACAAAUUUGUUCACUUGUACUUUAGAAGCAACUUCAUCCGCCUACAUCUUUAUGAUUUUCAGCUGAUAUAGUCUCCACUGUUGAAUUUAACCAUGAUGGUGAGCUUCUUGCAACUGGUGAUAAGGGAGGCAGGAUAGUUAUCUUUCAGAAAGAAGAAGCGGUAAGAAUUUUUUUUAACAAAUGACCGGUUGUUCAAUCAUUCCCGUAGGUGUUAACUGUGUUUUCGUACUCGCUUUUCAUGGUUUCACUUCUCUUUCAAAUUGUUGUUCCAGCCGAAGGGAUCACAGCAUUAUGGUGAAUACAACGUGUACAGUACUUUCCAAAGUCACGAACCAGAGUUUGAUUAUCUUAAAAGUUUGGAGAUCGAAGAAAAGAUAAACAAGAUCAAGUGGUUAAAGCGGCGUAACGCAUCGCACUUUUUGCUUUCGACUAAUGGUGGGUUUAUUUUUUAAUUUACUCGUUUUACCGUCAUAACACCAACCGUUGGUUAAGGAAUAGGACACAUGAAACUUAGAUAAAUGCCGGCUUGUCAGUUUCGUCCAGCUGACCUCAGAUAGGUGUGUCAGCAGAUAGUUUUGGUUUUGAUAUUGUACAUUUGUGUGGUAAUAGUUCACUACGUGGGGCAUAUCUUAUUUAUCAGUCUCUUCAUUAAUCAAACAAUUGUGUGACAGGGAAAUGUUCUCGCAUACAAUUCACUCAGAAACCUGUUAAAAUAUAAACACUUGAUUUCACUUUGGAAUAUUUGCAUCCUAGAAUGAAACUAGAGAUAAUGUGAACAUUUGAAUUCUUGAGCUUUGAAAAUGUUGUAGCAUAUAUUACAGUAGAGAGACUUUCCUUACAACAGUUUCAAGCCCAAAACUAAAAUCAAACUUCUCUUUGCAGAAUAUUAACCCUGUAACCCCUAAGAGUGACUAGCAUCCAAUUUCUCCUUUCAAUGUCACCCCUGAAUCACUCAUUAAGGCCACAAGAAUAAAGGAAAGGAUCACCAACUAAAGAUGCUGUUGAUUGUUAAACAAAUUCUCCUUGUCAGUACACAGGAAAUGUCUAGAAAACAAUAUGGAAAAUAUGCCUAAUAGUAUUAGGGAUUGAAUGGUUAACCUUCAAAGCUACUUGUAUUACUUGGUGUGACAAAUGUAUUUUAAAAGAUCUGAUAACAGCAUAAUUUCUAAUCCCUUAUCACUUUCUUUCAUUCUGAAAUAAGCACAAGAGAAGGUUCCUUUUCAAUUCAUUUGUUGUAGUGUUAAAAAUGUUUAAACUUGCUGUGUUAGUAAUAGCAGUUUACUUGGGACGAUCUUUUUUUCAUUACUGUUAACUUUGUUUAAUGUGGUAUAUGUUACAUUAGCUUAUGCUAACUAGUUGUUGUAAAACCCUCUAUGUAUAGCUAAGUGGUUGUAAUUUUCGAACCAGCCAUCUUUCUCAGUGACAUUUCAGUGUUGAACAAAGUGCUUGGCUUUGAAAAUGCUUAUGCUUUAACAUUAAUGUACAUUUUUAUGGAUUGAAAUAAUUAGUUUUUUUUUUUGGUUUUUGCAGAUAAAACUGUUAAGUUGUGGAAAAUUUCUGAACGGUGCUUUGCUGCAAGUAACUUCAACCUGCGAGAUGACCAGGGGGUACCAAGAAAUCCUGAGGAUGUAACAUCACUUAGAGUACCUAUUUUUAAGCCCUCUGAGCUGGUAGUGGAAGCAAGUCCUAGAAGAGUAUAUGCUAAUGCACACACAUACCACAUCAAUUCAAUAUCACUGAACAGCGAUGAUGAGACAUACCUAUCAGCAGAUGAUUUGAGGAUAAACUUGUGGCAUCUGGGGAUAAAUGAUCAGAGUUAUAGUAUCCUUUUCCCUUAUAGAGUAACUUUUUUAGUUAUGAAUUUGAUUACUACUUAAUUGCUUAUUCUCUUUCUUUUGUGCUCCACUUCAAGUUUGCAUAGUAAGCAAUUGUUUUUUUGUUGAUGUUGUUGCAAAGUGUGCCAGGAAAACUAUUUUUAUUGAGAGAGCACAAAUUAUACAAGACAUGAUACUUGUGUAGUUAAUGGGUAAAAUUCAAAGUCUUUCUAAUUUUUUUUAGUAUUCAUUAUUGUUAGAACUGAAGUGGAACAUAUUGAGCUUUACCGUGAUUAAUUGUCUGUCACAUCCUGAAACCAAUAUCUGUCAGUUAUGGACAUGAGUAUCUCAGUAAUGUUAGUGCAAUGAAAUGUAAGGAGCCAGUUAUUGGUACACAAGGCUCUGUGCAUACCUUUUAUCAAAAAAAGUGAUGUAAAGUACAAGAAUAAUUUUUAGCAGUGAAUUAUGCUCCAAAGUGUAACAUGACAGUGUCACAAUCUUCACCCAUAACAUUGUGGUUGCUCAGCCAUAACAGAUGUUACAGGAUGUGGCCCCUAUUGAUAACCCAUAAUUGUGUUUGUAACCAGAGGAACAGUUUAUUUGUUUGUCUUCUUAUCACUGUGAUUUAUGACAGUGUUUCUUUUUUUUAGAAAGUGCAUCCAUUUCAAUGGUAGAAAUAAUGAAAGUGAAACCCAAACUUUUCUUAACAGUACAUUAGAUAUUGUUGAUAUCAAACCAGCAAAUAUGGAGGAACUCACCGAAGUUAUUACUGCAGCAGAGUUUCAUCCAAUAGAGUGCAGCACAUUUGCAUACAGUAGCAGUAAAGGAACUGUCAGGCUAUGUGACAUGAGGCAAUCAGCAUUAUGUGACAGGCAUACCAAAAGUGAGUUUUUAUGCCUUUUCUUUGAACUUACUGUUAUGGCUUCAUGUUUUUAUUUCUAAGAAGCUCCUGAUUAAGGGUUCUGCUUUACAGGGGUAUUACUGUUUAAAGAUUUUUUUCAUGAUUGGUUGCCUUGUAAGUUCACUCACUACUGUCAGUUCUAAUGUAAAAAUAUGGGAUCUGUGGUGGCUCUGGUUAGUAGAUAAGCAAAGAUGUUUUCUGUAGGUCUCAAUUAAUGCCAAUACUGGUAUGAAUUACCAAUUAUUUCUCCUGCAGUGUUUGAGGAACCAGAGGAUCCUGGGGCAAGAUCGUUUUUCUCAGAGAUCAUUUCAUCAAUAUCAGAUGUAAGAUUCAGCCACAGUGGCCGGUACAUGUUGACACGUGACUACUUGACUGUCAAAGUAUGGGAUCUAAACAUGGAAAGCAAACCAGUGGAGGUCUACAAUGUUCAUGAUUACCUUAGAAGCAAGUUAUGCUCACUGUAUGAAAAUGAUUGCAUCUUUGACAAGUUUGAAUGUGUUUGGAAUGGAAAUGAUGGGUAAGUUAGAGGUGAUACUCUUCUUUGUAGAGGAGUUUUCUUUUUGUCCAAAAUUUCAAUUCAUGUAAUGGAGUAUUGAUUCCCCAAUAGUUUCAAUUAUCAGUUAAAGAACUUCUUGCUUAACUAAGGUCAUUUAUGCAUAGGAUAUAAAUGACAGAAUCUUUAUUCAAACUGUGUAAAAGAAAUGGAGGGUAUAGAUGAUUAUUUAGCCAAUAUACAAUUUACUGACCUGGACGUCAUCUUACCUUAAUCAUCUUACCCAUGAAUCUAUCAAGUGCUUAAGAUUAUUCAGCUGAAAGAGUAAAUUAUUUCUGUUAAACUGGGUUGAACAUUGGGUUUCAGUCCUCGCAUAAUGUAUUUGAACUGCAGUAAGCUUUUUCUUACUUGUACACGGUUUUGUUUCCAAGUGUUACUUUUCAUCUGGGUCUUGUAAACAAGACAUCUGUAGGGAACUGUGGAAACCAGAUGCAUUAUGAAAGGCUCUAUUGCAAUAGCCUUGACAGACACACAACUUUCCAAGUUAGGUCAGGGUUUUUUUUUACCUUAAAUAACAUGUGAAGGGAGACAAGGUGUUUUCAAGUACAACAGUUACUAAAAUGCUAAUUUAAACUUUUAAUUGGUGGUUUUCCCAUUGAUUAUUUGUAGUGGUUCAAAUUAUGGGGGCAGAAUGACUAAUGAAGUGAAAAUUUUGGAUUGAUGCUAUCUACAUUUAUUGUACCAAUCAGUUAUGUGCAAACCUAAAAUUAUUUGCCAUUUAUUUAGUUUUUUAUUGAUUCAUUUGUUUGUUUUUUUCCAUUUUCAGGUCUAUAAUGACUGGUUCUUACAACAACUUCUUUCACAUCUUUGACAGAAAUGACAAACAGGAUGUUUGUUUAGAGGCAUCACGGGAGUUUAGUAAGCCACGGCAGAUUUUAAAGCCUCGUCGUGUAGCGGUAACAGGAAAGCGAAAGAAAGAUGAUAUCACAGUAGAAUGCUUGGACUUUAGUCAUAAGAUUCUUCACACUGCUUGGCACCCACAAGAGAACAUUAUAGCAGUAGCAGCAACAAAUAAUUUGUACUUAUUCCAGGAAGCCAGAACAUAACUCUUGUAACUGUUUAUAGGAUGCUUUUUUUUUUUUGUAAUGAUAACAGACAAUUUUGAAUUUAGGUGUAUCUAAAUUGAUGGUAUAUUGUAUAAUGGUUUACACAGCAACUGUUAGAUAAUUGUCAUCGAAAUUUUGAGAAAACCAUGAAUCCCAUGGAGUUAUGAAAAAAUAAUUUUGUCGGCAUUUUGUUUAAAUUUUGCAUAGAUUUGAGUUGCCAUUAGUUCUUUCAGCCUGGACUGUUUCCUACAUGUAUAGCCAAACUGAUAUUUUUUUUUUCUUUUCUUUUUUGUCCCUUCACAUUCUUUGAAACUGCUCUACCUUUAUUGGGAAUGGGGGCGGCUCCCAAAUCUUCAUUUGAAAAAUGAUUUUCACAUGUCAUGUAAAUAUUUAAAGCAUUAUUUGUUAGGAAGCUUGUUGGGGGAAGCUUGUGGGAGCGAGUCUCUAUUGUGUAACUUAAUUAAUUUUAAGAACCAGUCUUUUAACUCUUGCUCUACGUUCCGUCCAAUUAUUCAUUUCUUAUUUAAUUGGAAUCUUUCCGUGUGUUCUUUUGGGUCUCUCCUAUUUCUCUGGUUGAAGCAGACUGCCUUAAAAUUCCAAUAUAGUGCAUCAUUUGACUUCUCCUUUCUUGACCUUCGACGUAGUGGUGAAGUGGUACUUUUGUAGUGAU